UCGCGAGUGGGGCUUCGGGACACCUAGAACCCCCGAGCCCCACACCCCGCCCGGUGUCCGCGAGCAGCGGGCGGCACGCACGCCCCCAGGACUGGGCCAGGCGCCUGAGAGAGGAAGGCCCUGCCCUGGGCUGCGCGCCCCCGCCCCAGCCUCCUGGCUCGGGUCAACUUCUCUGGGCUGGAGCAGGCCCCCCACCCCCGCGCCGUGCCCGCGCGACUCUCGGGGCAGGGGAGCGGAGACCUCAGGGGACGACUCUGGGGACCGGUCAGACCUCGGGGGUUCAACUGGUCUCAGGGGCGAAGCCCUGCCGAGAACAGAGGUGGGGGUCAGGACCCGGCCUCUCUCUCCAGGGCCCGCCCUGGUUCCGACGGGCGACAGCAUCCCUGGGCAACAAGGAGCGCCGAGGACCUCUAGGAUUGGGGGCUAAUCGUCCUCAGGGCCGCGCACCCGGCUCCCUUGGAAUUCAGCAGGCCCGUGGGGGCAUCUGACCAAAAUCGAGGCGCUGCCUUGUCCGUGGGGAAGCGCUUGGUUUCCGGCAGUUCCUGCCCGCGGGCGUAUUUAGAACCGGGGGUCCCUCGAGGAAGUGGGCUCAGGAAGCCGAGUCUAUGCAGGCACGUUUAGCUUGAUGGUGCCUGAAAUUCUGACACUAGGUCUGUCCCGCUCUCAGAGAGAGAUCCGGGGACUCAGCUCAAGCCUGGGCCUUUUAGGAAAGCACACGGGAGAGUUAUUCCUGCCUUAACUAGGGGACAAAGAUGGCCCAGAAAGCACCGGGUUCCGGCAGACGGAUCUUGACAGAGGCACAGGUUGGCAGCUGUGUGUCGGGGUGUGCCCGCGAGGAGAGAUGGUCUGGGUAACCUGGCCUCCAGGGAGCUUAGCAGGGGCUGUGUGGGCGGCCCGCAAGGCCGGGAGACUCCUCCCGCAGCCCCAAGCUUCCCCAAACUGGGGGGCAGGCGGCCCCUCACGCGGCCAGUCUGGCCUGGGCCAGCGCCGAGGCCCGGGGUCAGAGGCCUAGCAAAGCGCCCCGGGCGAGUGGGGUUUCAGGGCCGGGGAAAGAAGACGGCCGGCGAGACCCGGGAGGGCGGGACUGCGAGUGUCUGUCCGCGCUCAGGCUGGAAAGGAAGACAGGAGAACUAGCGGCGAGGGUCAAGACAGCCCCCUGAAACCCCUCCCCCCGAGCCGCGCGGCCGGCUGCGCCCCCCGCGCGCCGAGGGUGUGCGGCUCUGCUCUGAAGAUGAAUGGUGCCUGUUCAGGGCGCCGUUUCCCGGGAGCCGCGGCCGAGUCUCUGGGGAGGAAAUGGGCGCGGCCUGCACGCGGCGAGCGGUGGCCCCGAGGCGCUGGCCGCUGGGACCUGCGCGGUGGCUUCCUCCUCGGCGGCUGAACGCUUCCAGUCGCCGGGCGACGGGGGGGCCCGCCCACGGGAAUGGGGCGAGGAAAGGGUGCCGAAUGCCUUCCUCCAGUGAAGACGGCCGCUCCCUGAGCCCUCGGCCACCCCUGCUCGGACGCCCUCCCCUCCCCAUCACCCGGGGAGAGUGAGUUGUUUGUAAACAAUAAAUAAUGGAAAGUAGGAGGAUGUUUCCUAAAAGCCUCGGCCGCGCAGGAAAACGGGGAGGAGGGGGGAGGAGGGCAGAGUGGGGGAGGGGAGGCGCCGCGGCGCAGGAGGGAGAGCGAUGGAGAGAUUCAUUUCUGCCGAGAAAGCCCGGUGGCUAGUCCCUUAUUAUUUACAGGAAGGUGAUAUUAGCAAUUCAGGUGAGAAAGAAAGAAACGCGGCCACCAUGAAAUCAAUACAGAAUUCAAAAACAAUUAUUAAUGUCAUUUGACUCGUGUUCUUUAUAUAUCUCUUCCGGCUACAGACGCUAAACUGUCUGAAUAAUUUGCAUGGAGCGGCUAUUCAUUAUUUCCGAGGAUUUUCUUUGGCGGGCCGCUCGGACGUGGCCGGCUGCGGUCCAGCGCGAUCGGAGAACUCCUACUUUUCGUCUGUAAAUUAAAGCAAUUACGCAGCAGAUAUUAUAGGAUGCGUACUGUGGUCUCCAGAGAGUCAUCAAUCACCUUGAACCAAGCUGUCAGAGCGGGCAGAUUUCGUUUCUGGGAGGCAGGUUUGCAGCUGGGGAGAGGGCGAGAACGUCAUCAUUAAUUAGAGGGUGACCCUGGGGCGAUUCACAGGUCUGAACCCAGGGAUCGUUCCCAGCAAGUCUGCACAGCGCCGCCGCGAACGGCUCCCUCCCGGCGGCCGCGGGAGGCCUGGCCUGGCGGGAGCUGCAGGGGCGAGCCCGGGCCCCGCUGGGUGGCUGCGCCGAAGGCAGGCCGGGGUUCCGGGUGGCCCGGGCGUCCCCUGCCGCCUGCGCGCCGGACUCGCGCAAGGUCCCAGGCCGGGGAUUGGCUGGGGAAGCGCUGGGGUGUGCCCGCGACCGCUCCUUGCGCCCCGGGCAGAGAAGGGCCCCCCGGCCAGGCGCCCCACGCCCCCUCCCCAGUGCCUAGGCCCGAAGGUGGCCGCAAGGAGCGAGCGCAGCGCGAGGGGCCCCGGAGCCGAGUCGGGAAACCUGCUCCUCGGAGCGCGCCGGGCUGUCUGGCAGUCCCCACUUCAGCCGCGAGGGGCAGGGGACAGCCGGGGGAGGGCGGCCCGCGGGGCGGGCGGGGGCGAGCAAAGGGAGGGCCGGUGCGCCGAGCGGGAACGGACUGGACGAGGAGGGGCUGGCUCCCCCGGUGCCCGGCGGCCGGCAGUGGCAAACCCUCUAGCCCACCGAGCCCCGGGGCGGCGGGCUCCGGGGAGGGCCGAGGCCCACGCACUCAGGGCACUCUGACCCCGAGAUGCGGACGGCGCGCCUCGGCCGCUCGAGUUUGGAACUGCGGCCCGCUGUGGGGUUCGAACUGCUGGGAGGCUUCGCCCAGUCCCCGUUAAACAAUAGUCGCUGCGCGCCGCCCUCUGCCGCCGCGCGCCGGCCCGCGGAGCUGCCCGCCUGCCCGCCUUCCACCUGGAGGGGCGCGCGGGGCCGAGGCCGGCAGGCUGCGCCAGCGCCGGGCUAAUUUUAACUGUUGAUUACGUCUCCCGCGAAGCCUCACUCGCACACCCCUCGUCCGUCUCAUUUGUAAUUGAGACUAAUGAUUACAGUGGGGAGGGAAGGAGCAGCUGCUCAUUAAUUAAUUUCUAAUUAAAAGUCCUUCCGUCCUCGGUGACUAAGGAGAAACUCCGUGCGUCGGGGCGAUGUUGACUGCUCCUCGGAGGAAAUUCAUUUGUUCCGGCCGUGCGCCCUCCGCCCCGGGCGGCGCGGCCGCCUGUCCCCGCCCCGCCCGGCCGGGCCAGGGCCGAGUGACCCCCGCGUCUGCGGCCGGGCCGGGCUGCGCGGCGUGGGGCUGACGUCAGAGCCUCCGCCGCUUAAAGCCGCGCACCGCUGACUUGACGGAUUCGCACGACUCACUUUUUUUUCCCUUUUUCGCAAAAUAUGUAUUUGUGUCGCCGCUGCGAGGCCGGUCGGUCCCACUGUCCCCUCCAGGCUCCGGACUGUGAAGCUGAGAGGAUCGCCGCGGCUCACUUUCCUCUCCACUUAGAAAAGUUUACCAAGCUUGUGGCUGCAUUAACCGGCUCUUCUGCUUCGCCCUCCCAGUGUCUAGAAGCCCGCGGCCCCCGAGCAGUGGCCACGCCACGCCGGCCCCCUCGCUCAGGACCCUGCCGGCCCCGCCCGCCGGCCCCGGGCCCGCCAUGUCCUACCCGCAGUUUGGGUACCCCUACUCCUCGGCACCCCAGCUCCUGAUGGCCACCAACGCCCUGAGCGCGUGCUGCGAGCCCGGCGGCCGCUCGCUGGCCGACUCCGGGCCAGCUGCCUCGGCCCCAGCGCCCGUCUACUGCCCGGUCUACGAGAGCCGGCUGCUGGCCACCGCGCGCCGCGAGCUCAACUCGGCCGCGGCGCUGGGCGUCUACGGGGGCCCCUACGGCGGCUCGCAGGGCUACGGCAACUACGUGACCUACGGCUCCGAAGCGUCCGCCUUCUGCUCGCUGAACAGCUUCGACUCCAAGGAUGUGCCGGGAUCUGCGCAUGCGGGCCUCGCUCCCGCCGCUGCCGCCUACUACCCUUAUGAGCCGGCGCUGGGCCAGUACCCGUAUGACAGGUAUGGGAGCGUGGACAGCGGCACGCGGCGCAAGAACGCCACGCGCGAGACCACCAGCACGCUCAAGGCCUGGCUGCAGGAGCACCGCAAGAACCCCUACCCCACCAAGGGCGAGAAGAUCAUGCUGGCCAUCGUCACCAAGAUGACCCUCACGCAGGUCUCCACCUGGUUCGCCAACGCGCGCCGGCGCCUCAAGAAGGAGAACAAGAUGACGUGGCCUCCGAGGAACAAGUGCGCAGAUGAGAAGCGGCCCUACGCCGAGGGCGAGGAGGAAGAAGGGGGCGAGGAGGAAGGCCGGGGGCAGCCCCUCAAGAGCACCAAGGCUGAAGAGCCUGUCGGCAAAGGCAAGGACCUGGAGCUCAGCGACCUGGAGGACUUUGACCCCCUGGAGGGAGAACCCCCAGAGUGCGAGCUGAAGCCUCCCUUCCAGCCCCUGGACGGCGGUCUGGGUCGAAUUCCCACCGGGCCGGAAGGGCCCAGCGCCCCGGGGAAGGAGGCUCCGGGCGCCCUCCGGCUGCCCCUGGCCUCCGGGGGCGGGGCCGCUCUGGACCAAGACCUGGAGACGGCCCGGAGCUGCCUCCGGAGCGCGGCGGCCGGGCCGGAGCAGCCGGCGGGCGCGGGGAGCGGCCCGCAGGCCUGCGAGUCCAAGCUGGGCUUCCCUCCCUCUGGGGCGUCGGCCGGCCUCGAGGCCAAGCCGCGCAUCUGGUCCCUGGCACACACAGCCACUGCGGCCGCCACCACCGCCUUCAGCCAGACUGAGUUUCCCUCGUGCAUGCUCAAGCGCCAAGGGCCCCCCGUGGGCCCUGCGGCCCCCUCCUCGGCGCCCGCCUCCUCCUCGCCCGCGGCCCCGGCCCCCGCCGGUGCCCUGGACAGGCACCAGGACUCCCCGGUGACCAGUCUCAGAAACUGGGUAGACGGGGUCUUCCACGACCCCAUCCUCAGGCACAGCACUUUGAACCAGGCCUGGGCCACAGCCAAGAGCGCGCUCCUGGACCGGGGGCCGCUGGGCCGCUCGCUGGGGGCGGGCGCCAACGUGCUGACCUCGCCCAUGGCGCGCCCCUUCCCGCCCGCCGCGCCCCCAGACGCCCCCGCCGCCGGCGCCGCCAAGGACCUGCUGGCCGUGCCAAAGGCCGGCGGCAAGCCCUUCUGCGCCUAAAGGGCAGGGCGCCGGGGCGAGGAGAGAGCCGGCACUCAGGCCGCAGGUGCGAACGUGGCCUACCCUUUUUUACCGAGUGUCCAAAGCGAGGCGAAAGGGCGGCGCAGCUCAGGCCGCCAGCCCUCCCCGGAGGGAGCGUCUGAACUCGGGCUCCCGGGGCCACGGACAGGAGUCGGCCGGGCCCUCCCCAGCCGAGGGACCCGGCCGGACAGGGCUGCUCAGAGCUGCAGGGAGACACCCUGAAGCAUAAAGUUUACGUCCAAAAGUUUACAUGCGAAGACGCGUCGUUCGAGGCCCGUUCGUGUUGCUGUCCCCUCUGGGUUUGAGGCUUGCCGCUGUUCCUCGUGAAGACUCCUCAGCCUGCUGACCUUCCGAUUUCAUCCUCAGCACAUACUUUUCACCAACAGCACUUCACCGAGUUUACACUGUUGCACACUCUUUACCCGAUAAAAUUGUUUUUUUUUUUUAAUGUAUGUUCACACCAGUAAUUGCCUGCUUCAGAGGCUGAUAUAACAAAACCAAUAAAACCGAGUGAUGGUGUUUGCAUUGCAAAA